AUGCCUACUUGUCCUCGUGAUGAUCAAUAUUCAUCAAAACCACCGCCUGGUUUUACUGAUGAUAAUUUAACAUUAAAACGUGUACAAUUAAAUGAUUUAUUAGUAAAAGUUAUUAAUAAAUAUCAACAUGAACCACAAUUUCUUGAGGAACAAUCAAAAGAAACAGAUUUAUUAAUUACAGUUGCACAACUUAUACUUCUACCAUCACCAAUUUCAUCUGAUGAUAAACGAGAUUUUCUUCAUAAUAUUGUCACAAUCGGACAAGAUUUAUUAACAGAUGAAAAUCAAGUUAAUGAUAAUGAACAAAUACCUACAUCAGUUGAUUCUAAUCUUCAACUCAAUGAAAAUAAAGAACUAUCCAUACCUGUUCUUUCAUCGAAUACAAUAAAUAAUGAUGGUGAUGGUGAUUUUUCACUUGAAGAACUUGCUAAUGAAUAUCUUCAAAAUGAAUCAUCACCUUCUUCUUUAAACGAAAAGUUCAUAACACCGUCGGAAUCUGAAGCACCUGAUUUAACUCUUGAUAAUCUUAGUAAAGAUUUUCUUUCAUCUUCACCUUCAUCAACAUCAUCAACAACAAAUAAUUUAUCGAAUUUCAUUUCGUCUCCAUUAUCGAAUGAACCUACUGUAAUCAAAUCUCCGCUUGAAUCAAUACUUUUUUCUAAUCGUUUAUCAUCGCAAGAUGCUGCGGAUGAUGCUGAUGGUAUUUGGAAAGAAGAAUCAAGUCUAUUUGGUCAAAUAUUUUGUACAAAAACAAUGGAAAUUCCAAUAUUAACAUCAAAACGAAUUUCAACAUGUUUAUUUGAUCGUGCUUUAUAUGAACGUUUAACGAAUCUUAUUACUCUUUUACCUAAACAAUGUGUUCAUAACAGUGUUCAACAAUUAUCUAUUCGACAAAAUGGACAACAACAACAACAUCGACCGCCACGUCCAAAUAAUGACAAUCGACGUCCAUCAAACCGAGCCACAUUUCAACAAAAUUCAUCACAAAUACAUUCUAAUCAACGUUUUCCAACUGCACAAAAUUCUCGUUCAUAUGGAAAUUCAAAUUAUUCAUAUCAACAAGGCAAUCCCGGUGGACAUUUUGUUGAUCGAAGACAACAACAACAAAAUAGAUAUCCUCCUCCGUCGUCUUCCACACAACAAUUCGGUAAUUAUCAUCAACAACAACAACAACAACAACCGCAACAAUCAAAACAUAUACCUAAAAAUAAUUUUCAUGGUAGUGGGUAUCAAUCACAAACAACAAAAUCACAAACAAAUAGUCAACAAGUAGCAAAUGAUCAUCAUCAUCAUCAACGAGGUCCAAAAAAAGCUUCCGGUGGUGGUAGUAAGUAG